AUGCAUCAGCCUGCUGAAGGAAUCGCCGAGUUGCCCGCUCAUUUGGGGACUCAUGCUUCUUCAAAGUCUGUUUCUUUAUGGGGGCAAAACAGUUGGGUUCCCCAGAGGAUCCCUCAUCUGCGCCUUGCGAGGUUGCGCAGGCCUCUUCGUGCAUCUGUGCACGGGGCGAGGUGCGUUUUGCUCUCCGCGUUGGCGGUUGCUGUCUUGUUGCUUAGCUGUUCCCUUACGGUUCCUUUACAUGGACGGCGGGGGAACUCUACUAGACGACUGGCAGGCAAGGGACACCAUUGGGAAUUGGAUGAAGAUGAUCAAGAAAUCAUCCGACUGUGCAUGGAAAUGGAAGAAGCAACCAGUCAAGCAACUACCCAAUCAUCGAACAUGAUGCCGACACAGCUGGCCCCUAUAGGAACUCCAUUUCUGGCCCCUCCGCGUAUGCAAAUGCAGGACCGAAGUGCGCCAUUUCCUCCCGCGUCGUCCUCGGCCUAUUCGUUUCGCUCCGCCUCCCCCGUCCCUCCUGUGCCUCAUCCAGGGGCCUUCAUGUGGGGCGACCUUGGCACUCGCCUUUGGGAUGUUGCCGUGAGGAACUCGCUCGUUGUCCUUGAAGAACCAUCUGCACAGUUGGAGAACCCAGAGAGAGAAAGGGAUGAGCACCCAAUAGCUCGACCGCAUGCUGGGCCCCCCAGGCUGCCAUUUUCCCCUGCGGGAGGAGUGCCCAACCCCCACCUUUUGCGGGUGAUAGCACCAGCCGCUCCCUCUCCCUCUGCUGCAACCGUAGUGCGGCUGCCUGUUCCUGUGAGGGGGGAGAGGCCGCCCGCCGCCUCCAGUAUGUUGGGGACCGUUCUUCACUUCUACAAUAUAUCCUUACAAAAUGCCAGAAUGAGUGUGCCGCUCACCCCGCUUCCUCAAAUCCAACAUCAACUACAAAUUCCGCAAGUGACGAGCCCCUCGACAAUUCCUCCAUCGGCUAGAGGGCCAGUGCGCAGGCGGCCACUAGAGAGGCCGGAGGGCGACGGGGGGAUUCAAAGCAAACGGGGACGUUUAGAAGUGCUUCCGUCUGGCCCAGGAGGAGGUUCACAAGAGCAUCCAGUGAACACUUUAGGAGAUAAAUCUGCAGGCGAGCAAGCAGCAGCCAAGGCAGCGUCGCUGCCGCGGGGUGAUGACAGCAAAAGCCCAAUUGGCUGA